AUGGGGGAAGUUUUAGGACAAUAUGAUGAAGAUGGUAAAAAAGAGCGGGUGAUUUACUAUAUCAGCAAGACAUUGUCCGAAUAUGAAUCAAAAUACUCAACAUUAGAGAAAACAUGCCUUGCCCCUGUAUGGGAUACUCAACGGCUUAGACCUUACAUGUUAUCUCAUUCGGUGCAGUUGUUAUCAAGGAUGAACCCACUUAAAUAUCUAUUUGAACAACCAAUGAUCUCAGGGAGAACGUCCAGGUGGCAGUUGUUGCUAGAAGAAUUUGACAUCACUUAUGUAACACAAAAGUCAAUAAAGGGGAGAGCAAUAGCGGAUCACUUAGCAUCACAACCUAUUCCAAAUUGUGAGACACUCAUAACAGAAUUUCCUGACGAGCAUAUUCUUGUUGUUGAACAACAUGAUGAAGGUGAAUUGUGGAAGAUGUAUUUUGAUGGAGCAAUGAACCCAAUUUGCAAAGGAGCAGGGGUAAUUUUGAUAUCUCCUGAUGAGGUACGCAUUCCGAUUUCUAUUCGAUUUAAUUUGAACUGUACUAACAACAUGUAUGAAUAUGAAGCAUGCAUUGCUGGCUUGAGAGCUGCCUUAGAGUUAUCAGUCAAUAAGUUGGAGGUAUAUGGAGAUUCCUUGUUGAUUGUUAACCAAACACAGAAAGUCUGGAAUAUCAAGGAAGAAAAGCUAGUUCCAUACCAUGAAUGCCUUAUGAAGCUGGUGGAGAAGUUUGAUUGCAUUACUUUUCAUCAUCUCUAUAGAGACAAUAAUCAGUUUGCAAAUGCAUUAGAUGCUUUAGCAUCACUAAUCCCGAUCCCAGGAGAUUCCACAGUCAAAACCAUCUAG